AUGGCCAAGAAGAAGAAGCCAGCCGCCAACCCAGCGAGAGGCUUCGCCACGACCUCUGUCGCUUCCAAGCCGAAACCAGAGACUGUCUCCCAAGCCGCCUCGACAAAUGCCUCCUCAGGGACAGCCACUCCAGCAGAGAAGAACACAACUCCCACUGUCACCCAGGAAUCUCAACCGGAAGUCCCCAAUACCGAGGCGAAGAGCUUGCAAGAACUGUCGCCGGAAGAAUUCGAGGCUCAACUCGAGGCUUCCGAGCUCCAGCAGUUUGUAGAGCGUCAUGGCCCCAAGGUGAAGAAGGAUGCUACCCGUCAAGUCACUCGACUGCAGACCGACAAGCGGCUGCUUCGAGGCCAGGCCGAUUACCUGUCAGUGAAGGACUGGCUCCCUGACGAGCUGAUGCAGCAGAUCCUGGAUUUGAUCCAUGAUGACCUACGUCGAGAUCUUGACUCUGUCAAGAAGAGUAAGCUACCUUUAGGGGAUGACCUAAUAGCAAAGGUAUGGCAGCUGCGCCAAUGUCUCUUUGAUCUCACUCUUCCUUCGGCUCGGGUGAACGAGGUGCUGGGGUGGAUUGUGUCGCAUCCACCAGCAGAAUCGCCCUCUAGUUCGGUCUGGGGUCUCGAUGAGUGUCUAGAUUGGCUUGCCUUGAACUGUGGUCCGGAGGAGCUCGAGGAGUACGACUAUCAGAAGCCGAAGGCCUUGGUCUCCACGAAUGUCGACGCAGAGGAGACACCAGCUACCGACAUUGAGCAGACUGCGAAGAAACACGAUUCUCCAAUAUCAAAAAGUGACGAAGACCUCGAGACUGCAGACCAGGAUGAGAUCGAAGUCAGCGAUGUCGAGAGUGACCUUGAGCCGGACGAACUGCUGUCUGUCCAUCUGCGCACGAGGGCAAAACUCUAUGAACUCGACCCCAAUGCAGAGCAGGGUAGUGCAAGCAAAUCGAAGGCGUCAAAGGCAGCGAGAACUUCCGUGCAGCCUGCGAGUAAGAGCGUCCAGAGAUUGAGACAAAAGCUCUCGAAAAUAGAGUCUGAUGUUCUCUUCGACAAACGACAAGCGGAUGCACACUGGGCUGGAAUGAAGAUCGACCUGGCGCGUGAUGCCGCGGAGAGGAGAAAGCUACAGCUUCAACAACACGACGACGCACCCGGUUCUGUACGAUCAUCCACACCUAUUGAAAAGGAAGAUGACGUGAACGACAAAGCCGAGCGCCUAGGGCAAGAGCUUCUUAAUGAGUCCGCUGAAGAUGGCGACUUACUCAGUGGCAUGUUUGAUGCUCUGCCAGGCGUCAAUCAAGCAGCCGAUGGUACUAGCACUUCAGACAGCAACGUUACGAUCAGAGAUUUCGGCAGACUCACCGGCAUGAAUCCGAAGCGUGUUCUAGAAGAAGCGUGCAAGGCCCGAGAUUCACGUUGCAAGCUACAAUACAAGAUGGUAUCGCCAACCACUUACGCAUGCCGCCACUCAGUCUCCGUGCAGUGGUCCAAAGAACAAGAGCCGAUCGAAAGCGACUAUCUACAAGCUGUUUCCGUCACCCAAAAAGCUAGUAGCCUGACGGUUACCGCCACCACAAUGGCGACGCCAGACGUCGCUCAAAGUGAAGCCUUCGUCGCCACAGUCGCCCUCUUUCUGAUCUUCUCUGGGUCACCGAAGGAAGAAAAAGCGCAUCUCAGGCUGCCACCAACUUUUCGCGACCUCUGGGAUGAGUGUGCUCGUAUGAAGCAAGGACAUUUACUCGCUGUGGAUGGUACCGUGGUCAAGGAAGUGAGACAGCUUGUUGAGGCAAACCGCAAUUCCGAUGACGAUGACGACGACGAGGUCGUGUUCAAUAUCAGCAGUCGCAGACGCCUCGAUGGUGCCAGUGGGGCUGCCACACCAGUCUCGCGAACAGGCACGCCUAAACCAGGCGGCGUCAAUUUCUCCGAGGAACUACAGCAGACGUGGCUACAGAAGGUUGCGAGUCCGAGCUAUCAGCAUAUGCUUGUUGCUCGAAUGAACUUGCCAAUGUUUCACUUCCGGGCUGCUGCAUUAGACACCAUCCAGAGAAACCAAGUCACCAUCCUUUGCGGCGAGACCGGCUGCGGCAAGUCGACGCAAUUACCGGCGUUUAUAUUGGAGCAUGAGCUAUCGAAUGGCCGACAAUGUAAAAUCUACUGCACUGAGCCUCGAAGAAUCUCAGCCAUCUCCCUAGCGCAAAGAGUGAGCGAGGAGAUGGGCGAGAGAAAGGGCGAUGUUGGUACCAGUCGCUCUCUUGUUGGAUACGCCAUCCGCUUGGAGUCUCAAACAGUUGCCCAGACGCGGCUCGUGUAUGCCACCGUUGGCAUUGUCUUGCGAAUGUUGGAGAACAGCGACGGCCUAAGCGACAUCACUCACCUGGUCAUUGACGAGGUCCACGAGAGAAGCAUUGAUACCGACUUCUUGCUCAUCGUAUUGAAAUCGCUCAUGCAUAGCCGACCUGACUUGAAGGUGGUUUUGAUGAGCGCAACAGUCGACGCACAACGCUUUUCACAAUAUCUUCAGGGAGCGCCAAUCAUCAAUGUGCCAGGACGGACGUUCCCGGUCACCGCAAAAUUCCUCGAAGACGCAAUCGAGCUUACGGGCCACACGAAUGAAGAUGCAUCGCAAAAUGCGGUUGACGAGGAUAGUGCAGAAGACGAAUCCCAGCUGUCAAACACCGGCCAGCAACAAUUGCAAGGUUACAACAAGAAGACGCAGAACACACUGUUGAACUACGACGAAUACCGCAUUGAUUACAGUCUGAUCGUGAAACUGCUCGACAAAGUCGCCACCCAGCCCCAGCUCAAAGACUUCGGCAAGGCCAUCUUGAUCUUCUUGCCUGGCAUCGCAGAAAUCCGUCAACUCAAUGAUAUGAUCGCUGGCCACCCAAAAUUCCAGAAAGGAUGGCAAUUGCACCCGCUUCACUCAACAUUCUCCAGCGAAGAUCAACAAGCAGCUUUUGAGAUACCACCUCCGGGCGUGCGCAAGAUUGUACUUGCCACGAACAUUGCCGAGACGGGUAUCACAAUACCAGAUGUGACAUGCGUCAUCGACACCGGCAAACACAAAGAGAUGCGAUUCGAUGAGAGGCGGCAAAUGUCACGACUCAUCCAGAGCUUCGUUGCAAGAGCGAAUGCAAAGCAGCGCCGAGGGCGUGCUGGGCGUGUGCAAGAGGGCUUGUGCUUCCACCUUUUCACGAAACACCGACAUGACCAUCUCAUGGUUGAACAGCAGACGCCAGAGAUGCUGAGGUUGUCGCUACAAGAUCUCGUCAUGAGAGUCAAGAUUUGCAAGCUUGGGAACAUUGAGCAGGCCCUCUCGGAAGCACUGGACCCGCCUUCAGCUCGCAACAUUCGACGAGCUAUCGACGCUCUUGUAGAAGUUGGUGCUUUGACGGAGAAGGAAGAGUUGACUUCUUUGGGCAACCAGUUGGCAAAACUGCCUCUUGAUGCGCAGCUGGGAAAGUUGAUCUUGCUUGGAAGCAACUUUGGCUGCCUAGACUUUGUACUCACUGCAGCGGCAACGCUCUCUUCGAAGUCACCAUUUCUGAACCCUAUGCACGCGAAGAAACAGGCAGAUACGGUGCGACUGGGGUUCAAGCGAGGAGACUCCGAUCUGCUGACUGUCUACAAUGCUUACUGCGCUUGGCGUAAGGUAUGCACGACACCUGGGUUGUCGGAAUAUCCAUUCUGCAACAAGAACUUCCUGAGCCCGCAGAAUCUCGGCAACAUUGAGGAUCUCAAAGCCCAGCUACUCUCAUCCCUUGUCGAUGCUGGCUUCGUUCACCUCGGCCCUGAAGAAAAGACAGCCCUUUCACGAAUGCGUUACAAUCAGAGGCAUCGGAACUUUGUCGCUCUUCCAUCACAGUAUGCCAAGGCCGACGAUAACGACACAGUCGCAACGUCGGUCAUCGCAUGGUCUUUCUACCCCAAGAUCAUCAAGCAAGACGGCAAAGGCUGGCGUAACAUCGCCAACAAUCAAUCUCUUGGUCUGCAUCCAACAUCCGUCAACAAGUACUCGUUGUCACCCGACGUCAAAUACCUGUCAUUCUACAGCAUCAUGCAGAGUUCUUCUCGCUUCACCAAUGCGCAGGAGACAUCCCCGGUUCAGGAGAUACCCCUACUUUUAUUGAGUGGAGAAGCGGCAUUCCACAUGUACGCAGGCGUCAUCAUCAUUGACGGAAACCGUCUGAGACUCAAGGUCCGUGAUUGGAGGACAAUGAUUGUCUUGAAGACUUUGAGAACCAAGUUGAGGGAGGUCAUGGGCAAGCUUUUCAAGAAUCCUGGACGAGAUCUUGGGGAUCGGCCGAGGAGGUGGAUGGUGGUUCUUGAGAGGAUGUUUGAGAGGCAGAAGGUGCUUCAUCCUCCGCCACAGAUUAGGUAG